GCGUUUGCAAAGAUCCACCCGUGAUAUUUAACUUGUUUCGUUUUGCUGGUUUCCAAAUUUUCAACAUGAAGCUAUGCUAUCUAUCUGGUAUCUUCGCUGGUCUGCUAGUUGUCGCAGCUAUGAGCAUGGCGGAGAGCAGCACACCGACUGCUACUGCUGACCACGCCCAACCUGACCAGUCCGAAUGCUGCAGCGCACGGCCACGGCAGCUCUACAACGCAAGUAAUUCUGUGUUAGUUAAGCAACUUCAAGGCCCUCCGGUCCAGUACGCCGUCCGUGUCGGCCAGAUCCUAUACGUUACCUCGCUGCGCGCCUUCAACGACAGCUCCGACCUCGAUAACCACACGAACGGCACCAAAUCGGAAGCCAUACAGAUCAUGAAACUGACGCGCGGCAUCCUCGAGGACGCCGGCUGCUCCUGGCAUGAUGUGCACGACGUGACGGUGCUGGUCGUCGGCGACCCCCAUGAGGAGUUCCCCUUGAUUGACGAAGCCAUGAACGAGUUCUGGCGUGAUAACGGCUGCGGUGAUUUUCCUUGGGCUGGCCAUCUCCGCAAUACUCCAGCUAUCGCCGGCGGCGCCAAAGUCGAAAUGACAGUACAAGCCAGCAGCUGCCAGUACUGGAAGUAGAACAAGUGCUUUUUUCGAUUGACGCGAAUGGCUUGCUUUGCCACUACGUGUUAGCUUCGUCUUACAUCACAUCCAAGAAAUUACUCCUGAUAUCGAUAAUAACUGCGUAUGGUUUCGCCACACCAAUCCAUUUUAUGCGUGGCAUCUGUGCCGUUUGUGGUCCAGAUUGUACUUUGAUAGCUUUAAUUUUCCAUAAAUAUACGUAUUUGUUCAGGUGUUCAGCAAGAGAAUCGUCAAAAUAAUGCAAAA